AUGAAUGAUUAUCGAUAUAAAGAUUAUUAUGAACAACAAAAAUUUAUUAUGGAAAAGAAACAUUUUGAGGAAGAGGAAUUAUCUAAAGCAGUAAGAGAAUUAGCAAAAAUUGAUGCAAAUAAAUUUUGUUCUGAAUGUGGACAAAGAGGUCCUACAUAUGUAAAUGUAACACAAGGUUCUUUUUGUUGUAUGCAUUGUUCAGGACUUUUACGUGGGUUGACGCCACCUCAUAGAGUAAAAUCCAUAUCAAUGUCAACAUUUACCAAUUCAGAAGUUGACUUAUUAAGAAAACGUGGAAAUGAAUGGAAUAAAGAUAUUUACUUAGCAUUAUUUAAAGGAAUAAAACCUUUUAAACAACCAAUUGAUUUACAAAGUUUAAAAGAUCAUUUAAUAUUAAAAUAUGAAAAAAGAAUGUGGUAUUCAGCACCAAAAUGUAGUACUGUAAUUAUUGGUGCUAAAGAAUUAUUUGCCAUCCCAAAAUCUGGUAGUUGUUUUGCCGGUUUUAAUAAUCAAAAAAAAUCUGUUCGUGAGGUUAUACCUAAAAUAACUAAAAAUAAUGAUUUUUAUAAUUAUAUGAAAAAAAAUUCUCCCAAUAAUAUUUCAGCAAUUAAUGAAAAUGUAAUAAUAAAAGAAAAUGAAAAAAAUUCUAAAAAUGAAUCAAUAUUUGAUAAUUUUGAUAGUAUAUUUGGACCAUCAGAAUAUUUUAAAGAAAGUAAACCAAUAAAUUAUUCUAAUUCAAUGUUUGAUUUCCCAACAACAUCCAAAACUCAAUAUGAUUGGCCAUGUACUUUUGAUGAAACAAAAGUAGAAUCAUCUAAAUCUCAAAAUUUUGAUCCUUUUUCAUCAACAUUCCAAGAAAAAAAUUCAUUUAAAUGUUUGCAAACCAAUUCUUCAAAAACAUCAUUUAGUUUUAAUGACUUUUUUCAAAAUUCAUUAAAUUCUAAUAUGACUAAUCAUUCAAGUACCAACACAAUUUGUGAAGACUUACAAAAUCAAACUAUACCAUUUCAAUGUGGCAGUUAUAAAUUGAAGUGCACUAGUGUACCCACUACAAAAGUCUCCUUAGAUAAUACAUCGAACACUUCAAAAGAAAAAAUUGACCAAUGUCAAAACAAAAUUAACCAUCAAAAUCCAUUUCUCUAUCCAAUAUUAAAACCAAAAUUAGAAGAUGAUAUUGAUAAACAUAUUUAUUCAAAUCCAUUUGAAAAUAUUUCUAAUUGUUCAACAUUAACUAAUAAUCCCUUUAUAUCUCAAUCACAACCAUCAUCUUUAGAAAAAGAUUUAACAAAAAAUUUACCCUUUGAGUCAUUUUUUACAACUACAAUAACAAACUCACAUCAUCAUUCUGAGAUGAUGUUAAAUGAAAGAAAAAAGCAUAUAUGUGAUAUUUUUUCAUAA